GGGAAAUGGAUCACGUGAUCAACCGUUCAUAUGGCGGUACGAAUGUUUAUAGCAGUGAGUAAUAACAUAGUCCAUGCAGUCACACCUGUUGAGUUGGAUACGCGUACCUUAAUCAGUAGUAAAAUGGCAGGAUUGGCAGUAGUUCCAGCGUUGGUUUUUGCUGGUGCUUCAGUUGCUGGGUGGGGCAUCACUUACAAGUUAUGCAGGGAAAACGUCAAAGCAGACUCAAAGUCCGAUGGAGGUUUCAGUAUACUGGCAGCGGUAGGCUCUGUUGCGACUUUCGGUGCCACAUACCAGGCACAGAGGGUAGCCCUCACGAAGCUCUUACCAGCACCAACUGACAAAGCACCGCCUGUUACAAGCUUGCGUGAUUUCGCUAAGAUAGUGGGCCCAAGGACGAUCGGACUGUACGUCGCGGUAACUCCCGCGUGUGCUUUGGCUGGAGUAGCUUAUGGUCUCCUGGAGUAGGUUGUUCUGCUUAAAAGCAAACCAUAUAGCAACCACGGACGGGUCUAAUGCCGUGUAUUGCACUUGCACACAAGCGCAUAUAUGCACGUACACAAGUACGUGUUGAUCUAUUGUCACGUCUACUCAGAGAUUCACGUUGACACAUUACAUAUGUGUGUGUAUAUCUAACGGUUGCAUGACUCAUAUAUAUGCCACUGGCUGUGGAGGAUCUGUGGAUGGUCUAUGGAGUGGUGUAUGCUGCAGCGUCUCUCGUGCACGUGUAUAGUAAUAUUAAUGAAGGCUGACUAGGAUGCGUCGCGGACUGUGUUCAAGUUCGCACCCCAUCCUUAGCCGAGUGGACUGUGCCGGGUUCUUCGGGCAGGGCAUGAGGAUGUGCAGUUGUGCACGACCGCUCCUAGACAGAUACAUACGUUAGUCACGCUGGCGUUCACCGAAUAGCUACCCCAUACAAAGUCUAGUAUCACGGUAUGCCGACUUGUACUACGGACACCGUACCGUACUGGAACUCGGGUGGAGGCAGGAGGACGAGCACAUAAAGAUGUUCUAUACUGGAUGGCGAAUGUUGUAGCUUUCAUGCUGAAAGUAUGCGAUCAACAGAUCAUAGUAUAAAUGGGGAGUGAGAGAAUCACCACUGACUCUCUUUCCAUAUGAAGGAUAGGUCCAUCUUUAUUGCUGACCAUAUUGCAUGUAGAUAUAUGAUGCGAUGAUACAGAUGACGUGUGUGACAACGUCUUGUUGGGUGUGCGACGGAUACGUCGGGAAUUAAUGCAUGGUACAAAAACAUUUGUAAGAGAGCGAAGAUGAAAUAGUAAAUAUAGGAGCGAUCUAGUUCUUUGCG